CUCUGUUAAGCACCACAGAGGAACUCGUCUCUCGGAAUUCUGUAACACGCAGCAUGCUACCGUAGCUGCCUUAUCAUCCAUUCUCAAAAUUAUCUCGAUCAGUGCGUACGGUGAACAAUCGAACGAAAACGUGAACAAUUUGAACAUAGAUCGCGGCGAAACGAACGCGACCACGAGUAACUCAGUGAAUCCUUGGAAAUUCCGGAGAACUUGAAAUUCGAUAUUUAGUUAUGGUAUUGGUUCUUUCGACAGAGAACUAACUCGUUACAGAUACACUUCGGGAAGAGACGCACGAAGAAGAAGAAAGUGUGAGUGAAAUGUGGGAUCGUGGCUUUGAUGACAGUCGAAGAAACUAAAAUAGAACCGAAAACCAUGAUGCAAUGCAAAACGACUGUCUGAGAUCGUGCUCGAGAGAAUGAUGAAGAAUUUUUCGCGAACUCGCCGAGAAGCUCGCCGAGAAGAAGAGAAUUAACGAAGUUAUCGAAGAUGACGCUUGGGUUCUAAAGCGGCGCACGAACGUUCUCCAAGAUGGAUCGAGCUGUCCUGUUCGUUCUAUUGAUAUCUUUAACGUGUCUCUCAAGUUGCAACGGGCAUCUGAUCGAUGGGAUCUUCACGGAACCGACCUUGGAACGGGGUUACAAUCUGGUAGCCACGGUACCAAGAGGAGCUGUCGCUUUAAACGUGACGCAAUUGCGUCACACGGAAAAUUUUUUGGCGAUCAAAUUACAGGAUGGUACCUAUUUAUUCAACGGAAAUUACAGUAUUAAUUUGUCCGGUAAAUAUCAAGCGGCUGGAGCCACUUUUGUUUACCUUCGUCAAGGCUCACAAAACUUGGAAAGUUUCUCCGCUACUGGACCAUUGCAAGAACCGGUCGAUGUAAUGGUUUUGUAUCAAGAACCGAAUCCAGGUAUUGUGUAUCGAUAUAUCAUCCCCGGAAAUGUAAACGUCCCGACGAACCCUCAUUUUGGACAUAAAACAGUUGCCAGUAAAACCGAGCCUGUUUCACCGAAUAUAGCUCACAGGAGAAUAGAUAAUGGCCCCACAAUCAUCGAUGGAACUCAACCGUCGUACGUUCCAAAACGUUAUAAGAAACGAAAAUUCUUUUGGAAAUCGAGCGGCUACACCGAGUGCAGCAGGUCCUGUGGCGGAGGUUUCCAGAUGCUGAAAUACGUAUGUAUAAGAGAACACACACAGACACAGGUACCUGAGAAAAGAUGCCACGCGUUGGAAAAGCCACGAGAAAUUCAAAUACGAUGUAAUACUACACCAUGUCCACCCAAAUGGAGAGGCGGUCCUUGGAGCGAGUGUUCUGUUACUUGCGGUACCGGAACCCUCGUCAGGGAAUUAGAAUGCGUACAAGAAAUAAAACCGUCUCUAAUAAUGAGAAUAGCUGAUGGCGCCUGCAUGGAACCGAAAAUCCUACCAACAACGGAGGUUUGCGAUAUGCCAGCGUGCGAAUACGACGCGAAAAUAACGCCGGCACCGUUAACGCCUCUACAAUGGAACGUGGGCACAUGGUCUUUGUGUUCCACGACUUGUGGUCCAGGUAAAAGGACCAGAUCGGUAACCUGUGUCCCGCAAACUUCUCCUUGUGACCUCGAACAGAAGCCUACAACACAGGAAGCUUGUGACCUGGGACCUUGUUUGAGCAAACCACCAUUAGCAAACGCUCUCUCGACGAGACUCCAAAGUCCUCAGUGGUUGUACACCGAAUGGUCCAGAGGGUGCUCGGCCGAAUGUGGCACCGGCGUGCAAACAAGAAAGGUUUUCUGCGAAAACAGUCCAGAGGAGGAAUUUUGCGAGCAAUCGAGUCGACCCGAAACCUCGAGAACCUGCUCCAGUAACAGGACCUGCAGCGGACAGUGGUUUACAGGACCUUGGUCCGAGUGUUCAACGGAAUGUGAUUCAGGAGAACAGGUUAGAGAAGUAGUCUGCGUAACGACCCUUCGCGGAGCCCUUCGAGUCGCUCUGGAUAUGAACUGCCCUGCGAACAAACCGGAAACGAGGAGACCUUGUAACGGUCCACUGUGCACGUCCAUGUGGUUCGUAUCGGACUGGACAGAGUGUUCUCGAUCGUGCGGAAAAGGGAUUCAGAAAAGGGAAGUGAGGUGUUUAAACAGAGACGGCCAGUCGCCUGAGCCUCACGAGCUCCAUUGCAAGGAAAAAGACAGACCUGUGUCUCGAAGGACCUGCAACGACUAUCCUUGCAAGGAGGACGUGCACGGUUCCGAAAAUCAUCACAGAGUUUUACAAGUUCAGAACGAUCCCGAAAUCUCAAACGGACUCGAGGAAAACGCACUUUGCAAGGACAGUAUAUCGAACUGCAACUUAGUUUUGCAGGCCCGGCUCUGCACUUACCACUUUUAUCAGCAACAAUGCUGCCUUUCGUGUUCUAGAGCGAAACAGGAAUUAGAAUGAGAGUAUCUCGCUACCAUUCAAGUAUAUUUUUAAUGUAAAUGUAACGUUUCGGUGAAUAGUUAAUCCUGCGACCGAAUCAUCGUAAUGUAACGCUGAACAUUACGCGUGUCGCUGUAGGUUUACUUACCUUUGCACUGCCUGAUAGAAUUUUUAACGUCGACUUUUAUAUAGGGUGUUUCAGAGUUAUGGCCACGAACUUAACUGGUUAGCAGAGCAACUGCAUUCGAAUAAAUAUAUGUUCGAAAAUUGAUCGUUUCUAAAAUGUUAUAAGAUUCCUGCUACGAAAAAGUAAUGCACCCCGACAAGUAUUAUUUAAAAACAGUAUUUCCAAAACUAUCGAGCACAUUUCUUUGCACUUGGUAUCGUAUAAUCUUCAAAAUUUACAAAUCAAGUGAUCGAACAUCUCUGAAACAAUUACUCUUCGGAUAUGUAUUUAUUUCUUUGCGUCUUUCUAUGAGCCUUAUUAGCUAGCUGUAUUUGUAACUAUAAUGUUCAACACCUUUCGCCAGUGUUUUCAUCUUACAGAGACUUUCGACAUGUCCAAUUGGCACGCAUGUGGCUUUUGUAAACAGUAAUAACGAAUAACAUAAGCAACGUUUUGUAACCCUUAGAAAGUGAAUUAAUAAUCGAGUUACGAUAAUCGUAGAGAUUACAGGGUCAGUGAACUUGAUCAUUGCGGACUGAUUGAUCUAUGAAAAUUGUGCCUUCGGAGCGUAAGAAAUGUUUGUCAGUCUCCUAUUUGACUGCCACGAAGUUUCGUGUAUAAUUAAAUUUCCAACGACGAUCGAAAACGUCGACGAGAAAUUAUAGACUGACCGCGUAAAUUGCAACAAGGCAAUAUUGGCAUAUAAUUUGUAUUAUUUUUCGUUACCCUUACUUGCCGUAAUAAAUGUUAUGCUUUCUACGUAUUUGUACUUCAAUUCGACCGGACGAGUCGACGAGAAACGGAAAUCAUAAUUCCGUUUAUCGUAGAAAUAAAAAUAUCUAGAAAUACGGAAAAAUAAAAUUAUUAUUUAAACAAUCCAUAUCAACGAAGAG